AGAUGUCGGCUCGGUCAUGUGAUCAGCUGUGUCCAAUCACAGCUGAUCACAUGUAAACAGGGAAAUGCCGGUUAUCGGCAUUUCUAUCCUCUUGAGCUGUCACGCUGAUCAUCAGUGUGCCCUGAUGAUCAGUGUAGCCCCAGCAGUGCCACCUGUCAGUGUCCAUCAGUACCUUAUUUCAGUGCUCAUCAGUGCCUCGUGCCAGUGCCCAUCAGUACCACAUCAAUGCCACAUCUCAGUGUCUACCAGUGCACAUAAAUGCCACAUAUCAGUGCCCAUCUGAGCUGCCUUUCAGUGUCACCCAUCAAUGCCAGUCAGUACCACCUAUCAAUGCCAAUCAGUGCAACCUAUCAGUGCUGCCAAUCAGUGCCGCCUAUCAGUGCCAGUCAGUACCGCCUAACAGUGCCACCUAUCAGUGCCAGUCAGUGCUGCCUAUCAGUGCCAUGUAUCAGUGCUGCCUUUCAGUGCCCAUCAGUGAUGCCUGUCAAUGCCCAUCAGUGCAACCUACCAGUGCCUCCUCAUAAGUGCCCAUCAGUGCCACCUAUCAGUGUCCAUCAGUGCAGCCUAUCAGUGCCCAUCAGUGCAGCCUCAUUA